AUGGAAAAUCAAAGUAUAGUAACAGAGUUUAUAUUAGUGGGAUUCUCCAAGGAUCCACAGAUGCAGAUUUUUCUGUUCCUGAUUUUUCUCCUAAUAUAUGCCAUGACACUGUUAGGAAACAUGGCAAUCAUGCUGGUGAUCAGGGUGGAGGCUAGCCUUCACACCCCUAUGUUCUUCUUUCUUAGUCAUCUAGCCUUUGCGGAUAUUUGCUACUCCUCUGUGACUCUCCCAAAGAUGUUGAAAAAUUUCACAGCAAAGCAGAAAACCAUUUCCCGGGAAGGAUGCAUUGCACAGAUCUUCUUCCACUUCCAGGCUGGUUGUGCUGAAGUUGCUCUGCUUUCAGUGAUGGCCUAUGACCGAUAUGUUGCUAUAUGUGCUCCUCUGAAUUAUUCAAGAAUCAUGAUGCAGCAAACAUGUAGACAGCUAGUGGGGGGAGCCUGGACAGCAGGUACUUUAAUGGCUAUGACCAACUCAUUGCCAUUAGCAGAGCUGUGCUUCUGUAGAGAGAACACCAUCCACCACUACAUCUGUGAAAUUCCAUCCCUCUUGCUCUUGUCCUGCAGUGAAACAUACACUAAUUAUAUGUUGACAUGUAUCACUAGUAUUAUAUAUGGCUUAAUGGCUCUUUCCCCCCUAAGCAUCUCUUAUAGUUACAUCAUCUCCACAAUCUUGAGCUCUCACCCAGCAAAGAGCAGGAGCAAAGCCUUCUCCACCUGCAGCUCCCACAUCAUUGUGGUCAGUUUGUUUUAUAUUACAGCUUUUUUCCGGUACUUCAUGCCAAGUUCUAAAUCCUCCAUAGUCCUGGAAACAGUGGUUUCAAUCCAAUAUAGCAUUUUAACUCCCUUGCUCAACCCCAUCAUAUACAGCUUGAAAAAUCAAGAAAUUAAAACUGCUCUGGGAAAACAAAUUAGAAAACAUAGGUAA